AUGCCCAGCACGGUGGGCGCUGUGGUCCAGCCCCCGAGCUCAGGAUGCUCUCCAGCGCCCCGGUCCCCCUCGCUCCUGCGCCUCUCCGCCGGCCCGGACACUCCCCGCACUCCCCGACGCCUCGAGUCCUCCUUUUCCGUGGAAGCCAUACUCGCGAAGCCCGAGCCCCGGGCGCCCGUCACCUCCCGGCUGUCCGUCUCCGCCUCCGCUGCCUCGGGCCUCUGGACGGCUCCCUCCCGGUCUCCCGCCCCGGUUCUGCCCUGGGAGUGCUCCGCGACGUGGCUGCCCGCCUACCCGAGCGUGGCGCUCUAUCAGCGGUGUCCCCAGCCCCCUGCGUUAGGGCUGCGAGUGGCUCACCUGUGCGGCCUCCAGGGCCUGGGCGUCACAGGCUUGGAACUGGCUCACUGCCCAGGCCUCUGGACUCCCCCAGACUGGGCCCCAGUGGAGGAUCUUCAGGACACUGAAAGACCCCAAAAGAGGGUUCGAACUAUGUUUAACUUGGAGCAGCUGGAAGAGUUGGAGAAAGUGUUUGCAAAACAGCACAAUCUGGUAGGGAAGCAUAGAUCCCAGCUGGCAGCCCGGCUCAACCUUACAGAGAACCAGGUGAGGGUCUGGUUCCAAAACCGCAGGGUUAAGUAUCAGAAGCAGCAAAGGCUGAAACCGCCAGCCACGUCUGCCAUGGCUGCCUCCCUGGAUGAGCCCUCCAGCAGCUCUGACACUGGCAUCCAGCGAGAAGACACCGAGUCAGGUGUAGACAGCUGA